UUGCUCUGCAACCACCGCAACUCUCUGCCUCUGCCUCAGUCUCAGUCGCUGCCUCUGUCGCAGUCGACGUCGCUCGCUCGAGGGGUAUUUAAGGCCGUUGCGCAGGACGAAGUUUAUCAUUGCGGAAUUUGAUUCCACACAGUCAACAUCAUCAGUCUCUUACACUCUCUCUAAAGGAUUACUCCAAAACAAAAACAAAAAAACAUGACGAGUGUGUGCAGCAACAACUAUCAGCACUUUCAACUGACCAACGGCAACAUCAUGUUGCUGCAACAUCACCAGCUGCCACAGCAUCAGCAACAACUCACGGUGCCACAACAACAUCAGCUGAUUGCCCCAAAGUUGCCGCUGGGCAACAGUCAAUUGCAGAACAUGCAACAUGCCUCAAGUGUCGGUCCAAUGUUGCACAAAAAGAAAUUCAACUACAACAACAUGCCGUACAGCAGCAGCAUCAGCAGCAACAGCGGGGCAGAGCAAAUGCCAUCGGUGGCACGUCGCAACGCACGUGAACGCAAUCGCGUCAAGCAGGUGAACAACGGCUUCGUCAAUCUGCGUCAGCAUUUGCCACAGAGCGUCAUCAAUACACUCUCAAAUGGCGGUCGAGGCGCCAGCAAAAAACUCUCCAAGGUCGACACUCUGCGCAUCGCCGUCGAAUACAUUCGUGGACUUCAGGAUAUGCUCGACGAUGGCAGCAGUAGCAGCAGCAGCAGUGAAGGAAGACAACUGCCAAGCUUCAGUCAACAUUCGGCUGAUGAGAGCAGCAACGAUGGCAGCUACAGCAACGAUUACAACAGCAGCAUCGAAACGCCUUUCGUCAGUCAUUCUUAUCACUCUGCCUCGCCCACGCCUUCGUACAGUGAUUCCGAUCUAUCGGCUAGCUAUGUGAAGCAAGAGUUGCCCGAGGAACAUCAUCAGCAACAGCAACUGCAACUGCAACAUCAUCAUCAUCAUCAUCAGCAACAACAGCAGCAACAACAAUUCAAAUUCGAAUCGUUUGACAGCUUCAGCGAUGAGCAACCCGACGAUGAGGAACUCCUCGAUUACAUUUCGUCGUGGCAAGAGCAAUAAUCAGUGCAACAUCAACAACAAUUGCAACCUUGUAAAUAUCAACUUCAACCUCAACGUUUGCCUUAGUGAAAACAACAACAAACAACAAACAAGUCCCAGCUAGCUUAAGUUCCCCCUUUUUUUGACACUUUUUUUUGCAUAGCUCUAAGUUUUGUUAUAAGCAUGGAAGACACUAAACUAAUUAGUUUUAAGUUUUGUUAUAAGCAUGGAAGACACUAAA